CUAAAAAAUAAAACAGAUCAUCUUCUCCUGUCAUCCACAAAAUAAAACCCACUUGUGAGCUUCUCCAUUAAAAGGAAAUAUAGCACAAAAAGAGAGUGAGUGAUUGCUUUUGUUGUUGGAGAAGAAAUGGAAACAAAGCCAAGUGAGAUCAGUAGCUCAAAGAUGUUUGGUGGAUACAACAAGAGAUACAAGCAUUUCAGCCCUACACUGGGUUGCUCCAUGACUUUCUACAUCUAUUUCCCUCCAUCCCCUUCCCCUUCCCACAAAUUCCCAGUGCUGUAUUGGCUCUCUGGUCUUAGCUGCACCGAUGAGAACUUUAUAGCUAAAUCAGGAGCUCAACGUGUUGCUUCGACAGAGGGCAUUGUCCUGAUCGCUCCUGAUACAUCUCCAAGAGGCCUGAAUGUGGAAGGAGAGGCAGACAGCUGGGAUUUUGGUGUAGGUGCUGGAUUCUAUCUUAAUGCUACUCAAGAGAAAUGGAAGAACUGGCGGAUGUAUGACUAUGUUGUCAAGGAACUGCCAAAACUUCUUAGUGAAAAUUUUCCGCAGCUGGAGACAUCAAAGGCAUCUAUAUUUGGUCAUUCAAUGGGCGGCCAUGGUGCUUUAACAAUCUACCUGAAGAACCUCGACAAGUACAAGUCGGUAUCUGCCUUCUCACCAGUUGCCAACCCAAUUAAUUGUCCAUGGGGCCAGAAGGCUUUCACAAAUUAUCUUGGACCCAGUAAAGCUGAUUGGGAGGAAUAUGAUGCCACUUCUCUGGUGUCAAAGGUCCAUGAUGUAUCUGCUACCAUUUUAAUUGAUCAGGGAGAUGAGGAUAAAUUCUUGCAUGAUCAGCUGCUGCCAAACAAGUUUGAAGAGGCGUGCAGGAGUGCAAAUGUUUCAGUUCUGAUGCGAUUGCAACCUGGUUAUGAUCACUCCUACUUUUUCAUUGCCACUUUCAUCGAUGACCACAUUCACCACCAUGCUCAUGCUCUUAAACUUUAAGCCUGCAGUAAUCCAUACAUAAUGUGGUAACUAUGUCGUGAUGGUGAUCUGGAGUAACUUUUGUACUUCCUCUUCCCGUCCCCAACGGCACCCUCCAAAGAAAGAUGCCGGCAUUUUAUGCUUUCCCUCUGUUCCCUUGUCGACUCAGUAUAUUAUGCUCUUGUAACUCUGUGGUUGUUGAUCUUAAAUAAAUGGGAUAAUUACAAAUCA